AUGUCGUACACCCAGCGCGAGACUCCGGUCCUCGCGGAGCUCUGCACGUACCUGGUCGAGGAUGUCUACGGCGAGCUUGCAGCGCGCGUCUACUCGGUGCUUGCGCGCCACGGCCGCCAGACGCUCGCGGCUAUCGCGAAGGCGUCGUACCUGAACGGCCGCCAGAUCAAGUACAGCCUCGUCAUUCUGCUCCAGCAGCACCUCGUCUUCCACUCCGGCAACGAUGCGCAGCCCACGUACUACGAGAUCGACUGGCAGAACUCGUACGCCCUCGUGCGUCUCGGCAAGGUCACGAAGCUGGUCGAGGACCGCUUCGGCAGGAAGGCCGCCAACGUCAUGACCAAUCUGCUGCGCCUCGGCCACACGCGUAUCGCGGAUCUUAGAGAGGCCUAUUUCCCCACCGACAACGACAGCGACGAUGACUCAGACGACGGAGUUGUAAACGGCACGGGCAUAAAGAGGAAGCGUGUGAGUGGCAAUGAGCCCAACGGGUCCGCGAAGACGAACGGCGCGGCUAACGGCGACGAUGUGAAGCCUGUGGUAAAUGGAGACCAUGCGCACAAUGGCACGACGAACGGCGAGCACGAGCACACAGAGGCAGACGACAAUGGUGAAAUCGCAUCAGUCGACGAGCUGUACGAGAUCAUUGAGCAGCUUAUUCAGCGCGGUUGGGUCCGAACCAUGACUGAGUCCCAGUAUCUGUCCCCAGGAGACAUGCACGACAUUCUUCAGCAGGAGACCAUCGAGCACGACCUUGCUGGCCAGCAGCCGACCGGUAUCAAAGACAAAGCCAUAUGUCUCAGGAACACGCUCGAACGGAAACGCAACAUGCGCGACAAAUGGCUGGAGGUUCCCAGGUUCUCGCGACGACGUCAACCUGAUCAGGACUACAGCAAUCCGACAAAGCGGGUGAAGAUCAACGGCACAAACGGGUACUCCAGCGCGAGCGGUGCGGCGCCCGAGGACAAACUUGUCAUUCGAGUGAAUCCCGAGAAGAUCGCUGUCGCGAUGCGCACAGAACAGCUGGUGCAGCUGGUCGAGCAGCGUCUGGGUCAUGUCACUGCCCACAUCUACCAGACCAUGCUUCGUCUCCUCGAGGCGAACACUCCACGUUGCUACGAGGAAUACCCCGAGCCCCCGGUAGCUGGCGAUGAAGGUGGAGACAACCACAUCGAUCCCAGGUACCUUGUCACGGCGCGCGAUGUCGCGAAAAAAGUAAGCAAAGGGCUCGAUAUCUGCGAAGGGUUGGAUCCCAAUGCAGUGGUCCAGAUCACCAGGAAGGGUCAUGUUCGCAGCACCAACAUACUCAGCCAGCCCAUUGACCAUUCUACUCUCAGUAUGGACGAGAAGGCACGGAUCAUCGACAAGCAUAUUCAGCUGCUCUCUGAAGAUCCCACGCACUUCGUCACAUGGCAUUCUCGUGCAGGACUCUCGCAAUGGCACAUUGAAUUUGAGGAGAUUGCAAAGCAGCUUAUUCAGAUCGAAAUCGAGAACACAGUCUCCGCAAGAAAGGGCACACUAGGCAUCAAACUCAUUCGCGCCCUGAGGAAAAAGGGCAAGCUCGAUGAGCGCGCAACCUGUAACGCCAUGAUGAUGUCCGCAAACGACAUCCGUGGCAUCGUCAACGACUUGACUGUACAAGGCAUCGUUCAGACCCAGGAGAUCCCCAAGGUGGAGAGACGAGAAGCAAAACACUCCCUCCAUCUCGUAUGGUACGACCGGCAGCGCGCAAGAGAAAAGCUGCUGCAUGACACAUACAAAGGCAUGGUGCGCAUCCUGCAGCGCAUCCAGUUCGAGCGCGAAAAAGUGCAGCCACUCCUCAGCAAAGCCGAGCGCUCCGACGUGGUCGGCAACGAAGAAAAGUGGCUCAGCAAAGGCGAACUGGACGCUCUCCGCAAGUGGAAGGAAGUGCAAGAAAAACUGUCGCUGCAGCUGUUCCGCGAAGACGAUCUCGUCGCCACACUGCGCGACUUCCACGGCCCCUUGGUCUCAGUGUAA